UUUUCCCUUUUUGUUGUGAGGCUUACAAAUGGAACAGAUAUUUAUGAGUGAUGUUAUGUCUAUUGAAAGCGACCUAUGUGUUGUAGUCAAUAAAAACGCCUCCUAUAUGGAACAUAUCAUAUCAAGAAUUUGUAUGUUCUGCUUCCUUGCAGAAAUGAAAUUCUCAAUAUUUGAAGAUUCUUUGGUAAGUGUAUCUCCUGGAAGAUGUUCUAGGUCUUGACUUCAUUUCGGUAACAGUUAAAUUUUAUGAAUUUCCUUAGUCUCCCUCCCAGCAUAUGUUAGAAAAAAAAAAUCAAUCUGGAGAUUCUGGACCACAUUCAUCUUCAUGCAUGAAGGAUAGUCUUCCUAAAACAUUGACCCAGUAUGAAACCACAAGUCUUGAAGAUACUAGAGAUGCAAGAAUAGUAGCUAUUACUGUUAUGGUCAAUUUUGAUUCAUAUGAUCUUAGACUUAGUGUUUGCUGCCAAAGCCAAUGACUAAUGACUUUUCUUCAUUGCAUAAACUAUUCAAACCCAGAGCAGCUCAGAGUAUAUGUAUCAAGCCUUAUUCUUGGAAUAUGUUACCAAAAACGGGGAAAAAAAAAAGAAAAAAGAAAAUGGCUUUCCAGCUGAUAUGCAAGAGCAAAGUUGGAAGGUGCAGAAACAGUUUUCUGGUAUGUUUCCUUCUGACUUGGCUGAGCUCCGUUGCGAUUGCCAAAAAGUAUGAACCAACCAAUAUUGGUGCAAUCAUCGAUGUCGAUUCUCGUAUUGGAAAGGAGCAACAAAUAGCCUUGAAGAUAGCAGUUCAAGGUUUCAAUGACCUGCCAUCCAAUGAUCAGAGACUAGUUCUUCAUUUCAAAAACAACAGUGACAAUCCUAUGCAAGCAGUAUCUGCAGCUGAACAGUUAAUUAGAGAGAACCAAGUGAAAGUGAUAAUUGGAUUGAAAACAUGGGAGCAAAGUGUUAUGGUUGCUGAUGUUGGAAAAGGCGAUGAAGUGCCAGUACUUUCAUUAGCAUCAUCUUCUAACAGACCCUUAUUUAUGCAGCAGAGAUGGCCUUUCCUGAUGCCAAUGGUUCCAAAUAUCUCAGAUCAAAUAACUUGCAUCUCAGAAGUGAUUGGUUCUUAUAACUGGCGGAAAGUUGUGGCAAUUUAUGAGGACAACACUUAUGCUGGUGAUUCUGAGUUGAUUGCUGUACUAUCUAGAGCUCUUCAACAGGUUGAUGCAGAAAUCGAAUCGCAUUUAGUCCUUCCACCACUAUCUUCUGUGCCUGAUCCUGAAGGGAUGAUUCGAGAUGAGGUAGCGAACUUGAUAAGAUCACAAUCACGGGUGUUUGUUGUUCUACGAUCAUCAUUGUCACUGGCAAGUUAUUUGUUUAAAGAAGCUAAGAAGAUUGGAUUAAUGUGUAGAGAUUCAGUUUGGAUCAUUUCAAAUUCUCUCUCUGAUCUCCUGGAUUCUGUUGAGCCUUCGAGUAUUUCCUAUAUGCAAGGAGCCAUAGGAAUCAAGAACUUUUACUCUGAAAAUACUGCACCCUUUCAAAGAUUCAAAUAUGAGUUUAAGAGAAAUUUCAGGGCGGAAUACCCUGAUGAACAUAAUUCAGAGCCAGGAAUUCAUGCUCUCCGAGCAUAUGAUGCCAUCACAGCAGUUUCCAAAGCUGUGAUGGAAUCACUCAAUGAGGAUAACAAGAAUCAUUCAACGUCACUAUUAAGAAUGGUUCAAUCAAGCAAUUUCACUGGUUUAAGUGGUGAUGUUCGUUUCCAAGGGAAUGCGAUAUCAGGCGAAUCUGUAUUUUCAAUUGUCAACGUUGUAGGAAAGAGUUACAAAGAGCUUGGGUUUUGGUCUCCCAGUUUCAGCUUCACAAACAGUUCACUGGGGCAAUCAGGGAAGGCAAAUAUCAGUGCAGUUAGCAGAGUUCGAAGUAUGCAAGACCUGACCAGCUUAGUCAAUUGGCCUGGUGAACUGAACCGAAUUCCUAAAGGUUGGGCAAUGCCAACUGAUGUAGCACCAAUGAAAAUCGGAAUUCCAGGAAGAACAACUUUUGAUAAGUUUGUGAAGGUGGAUUGGGCAGACUGGACUAACAACAGGAAGGAACCUACUGGCUUCUGCAUUGAUGUCUUUCAAGAAGCGCUCAAGAUUGUGGAAGAAGAGUAUACCUUAUUCUACGAGUUUGUACCAUACAAUGGCAGCUAUGACGAACUUGUUGACUGUGUCUACAAUAAGACUUUCGGCGCUGCAGUUGGUGAUAUAACAAUUCUAGAAAACCGGUCCAAGUACGUGGAUUUUACCCAUCCAUUUGCAGAAUCAGGUUUGUCCAUGAUGGUCAAGGUGGAACAGGAGGAUCAUCGCGCAUGGAUGUUUAUGAAGCCUUUCACUUUCAAUAUGUGGGUAGCAACAUUCAGUAUCAUGUUCUACACAAUGUUCGUCGUGUGGUUCAUGGAGCACCAAACCAACCCAGAAUUUAGAGGCCCUUGGAAAGACCAGCUUGGAACUGCAAUGUGGUUCACAUUCUCCACUCUUUUCUUCGCACACAGUUAAGUAUCAUUCUCCUAUCUGUGUCACAAACUGCCACCCCAGCAUAAGCUCCCAUUUUUUUCUAACUGCCAAUGUUUCUUCUUAUCAAACAGAGGAACAAAUAAGAAGCCACUAUAGUAAAGCAGUGCUGGUAGUGUGGCUCUUUCUGGUGUUUGUACUAACCUCAAGUUACACUGCAAGUCUCACUUCAAUGUUGACGAUUCCCAGACUUAAGCCUAAUGUGACCGACAUUGAAUGGAUAAGAAGAACAAAUGCCCCAGUAGGAUGUGACAUUGAUUCUUUUGUAAAGGAUUAUGUUCAGAAUGUGCUUGAGCUUAAAAACAUUGAAACAAUUGACAGCCCAGAUUCUUACUCAAUGAAAUUUGAUAGUGGCAAUAUCACAGCUGCAUUUAUCGAGCUGCCUUAUCAGAAGGUUUUCUUAAGCGAACACUGUAAUGAUUACACUGUUACUGGGCCUACUUACAGAUUUGGAGGUCAAGGCUUUGUGAGUACUUUCAACAUAAUUGGUUUCUUUUGAUAGUUUUGAAUGAAUGCAUCUGUUCAUUCCAUGUCUGAAUUGAGAACUUCUAAUAGUCCUGAUCUUCCAUUAUGCUGCUGUGAAGGUUUUCCAGAAAGGGUCUCCAAUAGCACGAGAUUUUUCCAAAGCGAUUCUAAGACUGAUGGAGAAUGGUAAGCUUGAGAAGCUACAGGGUGAUUUGUUAGAUUCAUCCAUGAACUGCUCCAGUACUGCUUCUGAUGAUUCCAAGACUGAGAGUCUGCACUUUGAGAGCUUCUGGGGUUUAUUCCUUAUUUCGGGUUCUACUUCCACCAUUUGCCUUCUAAUCUUUGUAGCUCGGUUGUGGAAGACAAAGACGAAGUGGCAUCAGAAUGGUGAUGUUGUUGAUCAUCAGGGAGGAGGAAGCAAAGGAAUCAAGGGUAUUGUCGAUAUGGUGGUCGAUCUAACCCCAUACUCCCUCAGAAGUGGAAGCAUUGGUAGAUCAAUGGGACGGGAUGGCAAAGUGGCUCAGAGAUGGAGUUCUUCGCGAUGGGAUCUGGUAAGUCCAGUUGACCCAUCUGAACAUUUUCAAGCAUCUCGUGGAGGCUUGAAAACUGUAUAAGAAACAUGCCCUUAGCUAACUUCGUCCAAAGGGCUGCAGCCGGAAGUUUGUGGAGCCUAGACUAAGAGGAUUCAAUUUAUUCGUUGUGUAAAUGUUUAAAAGCGUAAGAAUUAGUUAACAGAAACUAGUAUUUUUGCUUUGAUUUUGAUCUUGUCUUCAUGAUAUGUCAAGACGGAUUAAGAAUUGAAUCAAACACAGAACGAUAACAACAUUCCAAAUUUCUACAUCUGAUAAGAUUUCGAGGACACUUCACAGGGAUGUGUAGAACAGUAUAAUGAGAAUCAGAACCUACUUCAACAAUCCAAGAAAAAAAAAAUGAGACAGAAAGCAUCACGCUGAGAACCACUAGACUUCCGAAUCAACUCUUAGUGAAUCACAAAACAACUGUGUAAUCCCAACAGCAAUGUGCAUUAUAAGUUGUAACCGACAAAACUGCUAGAGAUGCGUUGUGCUACACUGGAUGCGACAGUUGGAGAAUGUGAUAUCAAAUGAAAGUUCAAAUCAGUUUUAUGAAACAAAUUUAAAGAGUCUCGUGAAAUCAGUAAGAUAUCAAUAAUAUGCAUACCUAUUCAGAAAUAAGUAGUAAAAAAAAUAACAAUUAGAAGGGUACAAGAAAAUUCCUCUUAUGGAUGACUCUCGUCAAGCUUUUGCGUUCCAAAUGAACAUUUAAGUCAAUCAUUAUUAUUUAUUUUCUUUCCCUUCUGCUAAAGAACAAGCAUCAUACCUGGCUGGGAAGAUUACCUGAAUUCACGGCCCGCAGCACUUUCCAGUUUUGCAUUAUUAACUCCUAUAGCCAAGCAACUCAUCAGAUGCACAUCACCAACGUGAAAGCUUUCAAUUCUCCAAACAGAUUCAGAAGUGAAACAAUACAAUCAACUCAUCACCGAAACAAUAGAACCAAUAAAAAGAUGUUCUGAUGGUUGUUGUAAUGGAAUAUUGAACACAAAGUCCAAAGUGCCUGUUAUAAACAUCGCAUCAGAGUGCCUCCUUCAGGAAAUUGCUGUAAUCUAAGUUUGCACAAUUAGGAAUCCAAAAAUUUAUCUAAGGGGAGUUACUAGACCUUGAACAUCUGCUGUAAAAAGUAAUAUGCAUCAGAUUCUUAGAUGAAGUAAACAUUCAAUCAUAACUUGCAUACAAAUGCAGAAUCCCUCUACUAUACAAACAAUAAAACAAGAAAGGAACAUAACGUAGGCACAUACACGGCGCUCCAAAGUCCGAAGAGAAGGAGCAUGCCACUUUUCUGUAAAACCAAAAAGAUAUCAAAUCAUGACCAGAUUAUUUAGUGAACAUCCAAAUUCCCAAAAUAACAGUGAGUCAGCUCUGCUUUAAGAGGAAGGCUAAUUUUCAACCAUUCAUUUAUUAUCAAGAGAAGACUUCCAUUAAGUGAAUUUACAGAAAUGGAGAAAAAGACAUUGCUAACUCUAUCAAGCAAUAAUAUUGUUUUUACAAAUAACACUGGAUCCGGCAAAUGAAAUCAGAGCAGAACGUAACAUGCCCUACAAGAGGAGCAUCAUACAACUGAAUCCAGUUACUUCACCGUCGAAAGCUCUCCACAGAGAGCACCUUGUACCCUCAAUACAUUGCAUAAAAAUACACUGAGAGUGGAGAAACUCCAAACAAGUCUCACUCAGAAUCAUUACUAUUACCCUUUUAACCAGAUUACUUCCGGUAUAUGCUCAAUAAAUAGAUGAAGUCCUAAUCGUCCAGAUAGUCAUCAAAAGUCCUACUGCUGUUACAUUCCAUUAAAGCUUUCGCAUUUAGUUCUCUUCCAAAUCUCCAAAUAUAGUUGAGACCAACAAGUAGCUCGGCAAUGGUUGCUUCCGUCUUUUCUUGAUUUGCAAAAUAAAGAGUCUGUACGAGAAGCACAUUUGUUCUAGAGACUAAAUUCUGAUGUUCAAAACUUCGCUCUGUUUGCCAUCUAAUAGUGUUAUGAGCAAGGGGUGCAAGCCACUCAAGUAUUCCAGACAUAGCUUCAUUCCAUUCUGCUGCAAGAACAGUAUCAUAAAUAGAUGACAUCAAACUCUUGGCAUAUGGCUUUAGUUUUGCUCUCAGAGCGGCUCUAAUGCUUGCUGGCAGCAUGUUGUAAAGAUCAUCCCUAGCAUCAUGACCAAUCAAAUGCGGAGAUGCCACUAACUUCUCAAUUACAAUAAUGAUAUUAGCAUAGUGCAAUGAUAAUGCUGCAGCACCAAGAGUCUCUGGAGGCGCAUUCAAAAGCUUGUGCUUGGAGCUCAAAAUAGAUAUAUUCCCAUGAAAGAAAUUGUUGUUAGCAAGUUGUGCAACAUUAUUGGCAAUAUUUCCAUCUAAACUUGAAUUCAAAUGACCAUUGUUCACUGCAGAACUAUUACCACCCAUCAUGUACUCAUUCAAUGCUCCCUUGGUAAUCAACCGAUUUUGUUUUGCAUUCGGGCUCUUACCUAGAGCACGUGAUGGUUGAUUCACAAACUGCCACAACCUCAAACCAGCUUUGUUUACUUUCUCAAGCGGACCUGUAGUUUCUUUCGACCUCCCAAGAGGAGCUGAAUACGAGAUGAUAGGCUUCUGUUUUUCUGGAACAGAGCUGGACAUUCCAAUAUAAUCGCGAAGGGAACCAGAAAUGCUACCAUUAUUCGUCUUCAACAUUGGGCCAGAGUUUGCAGUCACUCGAUUUAGUGGACCAGAAGCAAACCUAUAAAUAUUAUUCUCAGCAGGGUGAACAGAUGAUUGCAUGAAAACUACAGAGCGGCUGCGAUGAAUAUGUUCAGAAGCAAGGGGUUUAGAUUGUUUGGCUCCCGUCUCAACCACAUUACCAAUUCCAAACACAUGUCCUAUCCUACUAUAUAUUGUAAAGAGAGAUCUUGCUAAUAGAAGAACUGUGUAAUCAUAGCUCCUGCUCCACACAGAUAUCUGCUUUAGAUGCUUUACUUCUUGCAGCUUCCAAGCAAUCUUUUUUUCAUACUCAACCAAACUAAUACUAUCAGCAUCAUCAUUGCUUUUCAUUCUCUUUAGAGCCUGCUCAAGAUCCCCAAGUGACUCCAUUUCUUGAUACAAAUUUGCAUUGAUCAAAAUGAAUCGUUCCAUUUUCCUCACCUUCCUGUCCAUCUUCUUAAAACUGAAUAGCCACCCAUAAGAGUCGAUGCUGACAUUAGCCAAAUCAUUGAAAGCUUGCUCAAAACUCUUUAACAAAGGAUCACUGCAUUUUUUGGAAAGCCUAGCCACUGCUUUUGCUACAUGGGUCAAAUUCUCCAUUAACUCCGCACAUAUCAGUCUCACAAUAUAAUCAUCAUCUUCAGAAACCAGCUUCUUAACUCCAGUAGAGUUCAUCAUUUCCUCCCUCAACUUUUCCACAUGUUUAUCGCCAAGGGACUGCCACAAGUGAACCUGUUUAGACAUUAAACUAGCGACCUCAAAUGCCAACACUCCUAUUAAUGCCUUGUUGCCACCAUCUUGUUUCUUGGCCGGUUUCCACAAACUCCGAAACCAUGACUCCGCAACCAUCUUCAGCUAUCAAUGAAAAUCCAACAAGAAGGAUCUUCAAGAAACAAUAUACCUAACAAAUUACAGUGACAAUUAAAACUAAGUGGAAACGCAAUUGAACAAUAACAAUAGUACCAAAGAGCAUCAACAAACAAGUUGUCAAAAAAAGUCUUUUUUGCAGAUCAUAAAAACAAAAAAGGACAACACUUUUAUAUGAAUAUUCAUCAAUUUGGAAGUAAUUUCAUAUAAAGUAACUUUCCGUCUAGCAUAAGGGUAAGCAAAAUUCAACAACCACCUCCGGCACAGUGUUCUUUCCUUUUUCUUCACUUUUUCUGUACCUAAACUUUUCUUCAAUUAGAACAUGCAGAGAAAUAGAUACAAAAAACUUUCUUCUAGUUUUCUUUGCCAUAUUUGGCCGCUUGUUUGUUUCCAAAACAGAACAGCCCUGUCAAUUACCAAAUAAUUAAGCCACUAACAAAGACUUCAUCCCACCCCUAACACUGGAAAACUUUCAAAGGGGUCAAAUCCAGUAUCCAAAAAUCCCACAAUUCCCCAAAAAAAAAAAAAAAAGAAACAAACUUUGCUCCUCAGAAGCACAAAUACUAGCAUUCAAAUCAUUUCCUUCAAAAUCAACCAACUAAAACCAAAAUUGAAACAAAUCCCAAAACUUCCAUAACCAAGAAACACACACAAAAAAAAAAACAAAAAAAAAACUCAAUAUCUCUAUUUGCACCAACAAUUACACUUCAAAAAGAAAAUACACAAAAGUGGAGUAAGCAACUCACAAUUCUCCAAGAAUGAAGAAAAGACUACACCAUGGAAGCAAAAUCAACCAACAGCAACUAAGUUGAGGUAGACCCAGAACAAAAAUUAAGGCAGAAAUGAAAAUUAUGGUGGUUAGGAAGGGAGGAAAAAGAUUGGGAAGGUGCAGUGAAGCCCUCUUCUGAAAGAGUGGUGUUUUUUUUGUUGUUGGUGGUGGGGUGAGUCCACAACAACACACAGAUGAACAAAUUGCAAUUUGGAAAGAGAGGAAAGCCGAAAUUGUAGAAAAACAUAAAACCGAGUCAAAUUAAAAAUAAUUAAAAGAGGUGUUAUGUCACAAUCAUUUUUAAGGCCCGACCACGCGGAAAUGAGGAAAGGAAAGGGAAAAAAAAAAAUUUAAUUCCUAUAUUUGACCUCAAAAAGUCAAAUUUCUUCACCAUUUAUCGCCGUGUGUUUG